AUGGCUCCCUCGUUGCGAGAGCGAGCCUCGUUUGUGCGGCCAACGACCAAAGAGCGACCGGUCACCCGCGAGCAGGCAGAGUCCCUUACGAUCCCUAGCCGGACGUCCUCGCUGCACUCACGGAUAACACAGCCAAUUCCCUCGACAUUGAACGUAAAGCCGGUGCAGAAGACGCCCAAGACGCUCACUCAUGCGUACAUGGUCUGCGGUGUUGGCCGCGAGCCCUCGCAGUGGGUGAAGGCCCCGCCGCCGUCGCAGGGCAAGAUAGGCCAUAUGAAGGGCGCCGUUGGGCAGUUCUGGCUGCCAGAGAUCUUGGGCAGCAGCCCGAGACUCGAGCAGGAUAACGAGAUAGCAAAGUCACUACAUGCCGCUAUGCGAGCUUGUUUCCCCCAUGAUGUCGAAAUAUGCACCGGCAAGAACCAGCCUCACUGUGUUCACCACUCGUUUGUCCUCCAGCAGGACUCUUCACACACGCUCUACGGCAUUGCCCUGAAGGUCUGGUCUCGGGCAGAUGAGAAGCGUGCAGAGACUAUCAGGGAGCUGCGUAAGAAGACAGAAUCCAACUUCUAUGACAACGCAGACGAGAUAUACUGGAUCCCAUACUGCCUCAGUUUCCUAUCCAGAUACCCCCUUUACAACCUCCUUGGUGACUACCUCCGUGGAAUGUGGAUCCAUUGGAACAAGGCCACCAACUUGUUCCAUGCAGAGGAAGUGUCCAGAAUCCUCAGCUUCCCAGCACCUCGUCUUAACGACUUAGUGCGUAUUGACAUGAAGGACUAUGCCCUGUGCUAUCAGUUUCCUUCGUCUCCCACCGGCUACCAAAACUUUGCCAUGUGGCCGUUGUUCUGCUGCCUUUCCAUUCCAAACAUUGUGGGUGUCAUCGAAGCGGCCGUUUCCCCUACUCGCAGGAUCAUCUUCGUCAGCCAUUACCCUGCCAUCUUGACUGUUGCCACUGAGACUAUCCGUUACUGCGUCCGCGUGUACGAGUGGAGUGGCCUGUAUAACCCUGUUGUGCAUGCCAGGCACGUCAAGGAGCUCGUUGAAGAGCCUGGCCCGUACAUCCUUGGUGUAACCACUGAAUGCCGAGACCUGUUCACUGCACCCACUGAUGCAUUGGUGAUUGACCUGGAUCGCAACUUUGUAUUAACCUCAAGCCCUCCAAAUAUCCUCACUCAGGGCCAGAGAAAUAAGAUGAUCACUCGCCUGACCCAGGCUUUGAAUGGAGAGGUGACUCCAAGCGGACCACCUGCCCAUCUUCGAUCUGCUUAUGGUGGUGGAAAGCUGGUCCCAGCUGGUCAGAUCAUCGUCAUGAGGGGAGAGGUUGAAAGUGUCCAGGACCCCCAGUGGUGGAACCAGGACGCUGUCAUGGCCGUCAUGGACCAUGUUUGCGAAAAAUUGGGCCGCAAUACUGGUUUGAAGGCUGUGUUUGGAGGAUCGGUCAAGAAGCCAUUGAUGACCAAGGUGUCCAUGAGACAUCUGAAUGAGAUCGUCCGUGAACGUAACCAGUACUCUAGAGAUGCCCUUGAAGCCUGGCAAGACUUCAUCAACCUUAAGGGCAGAAUGGACACUGAGUUGACCAAGGUUACCAAACGCAACAACUUCCUCGUCGAGGAGCUCGAGACCUGGAAGCAGCAAUUCCUCAAGUUCCAGAAGUUUGCUGAACAACUCACUAAGGAGACCUCUGAGCUCAAAGUCAAGAUCGAAACUCAUAAGCGCGAGAGCCGUCGCCUUACUAGUCUUAUCGACCAACAGAAGGAUGAUAUCAUUCGUCUUACUCUGCGUCUAUCUGGCACUGAGAAGCAGCGUGAUGAUGCCCUGGAGGCUCUGGUACUCCAGCAGGAGAUUGCUGAGGAAUUGGAACGUGAAAGAAAGCGUAACGAAAAGGAGAUUGCUUCUCUGCAACAUACCAACUCAAAUCUUCUGCGUCAACGAGACGACGCCCAACGUGUCGUUAUUCACCUUCGCAGCCUCAUCAACGGGCAGGCCCACCACAUCGAGCACAUUGUUCGCUCCAUCGAUAACUCCCCUGAGCUAUCUCAGUACAUUGAGGACGGCCACGAUUUGUCAGGCGAGGAUACCGCCAGGGAUGAUGAUGAACCAUCCAAACCCCAAGACUCCGCCGGUAGAGCCAGCUCGAGCCGGAAAUCCAGCUCUCGUCUCAGUAACCGGUCCGCUACUCCGGCACAAUCAGAUGACGCCCCUACUGCAGACAACCGCAUGUUGAACGUCAACAAGAGAAGACGCUCCAUAAGACUAAGCAUGUCUGACGUAGCUGAUAGACAUCUCCGUGACAAGACCGAUGCAAUUGCAGAUAUCAUCCGCACCAUCAGCGAUCAGUGUGCCGCCGCCGUUGAAGGUCUCCAGCUCGCCCAGGCAGACUUCGAUUGCUCUGAGCUUUCCAAGCACUCCUCGGGCCAGGGAGUCAUGGAUUCCGACCGAACCAACGGAAGUGAGGCAGACGACAACGAGAGAUCCAAUCUCAGCCCCGAUGGCCGUCAGUCUACUAUUCCCCCUACCCCCGACCUUGUCCCUAACCGGUCAAGCACGUCCAUGUCCAUGGCUAGCAGCUCAACUUUCCAAGAGCGAUCAAGCCAACAGUAUGGACCGAACGAAAUUCCCACAAAAAUAGUAGAACAUGAUGAUGAGCAUGCUCAUGAGACAACGCAGGAAGAAGAAAACGUCAGCACAAUGGGCAAGUCGCCCAACGGCCAUAAUUACAUCAGGCCUGGGACGUCAACUCUAAUCGCAUAG